UCGUGCAAUAUUGAAUACACUUAUAAUUUGUCCAUCCAGUUAGUAUUUAGCCAAAUAUUGUAUCUAUUUAUUACUCAAUGUGAUGGAAAAUAUGUUUGUGCUUUUACAUUUCAGUGUGGAGUUCGUCGGAUUUGAAAUCUGAUAUAUUUUUCCAUCAAAUUUGAUCGUUUGAUUUGUAUUGGUUGAAUGGAGGAGAUUUCGCUUCAUUACAUAAUUUAUUGUUGAUUGCAUUGAUAGAUUUCAAUGAUUUAGCACUUAAUCCUUUUGAUUAUACUGUUUCAUAUAAGUUUUAUGAUUGAUCCUCAUCCCUUUCUAUUUUGUUUUAGCAUUUUGCCUCCUUGAAAACACUAUAAUAUGGUUGGACACUAUAAUAUGGUCCUUUAGGUCCAUUGCUAACUUACAAUUCCGGCAAAUUUUCAAGUUCAACAAAGAAAUGCAUGGUUUAUACAAUAUAUAUAUGUAGGAGGGAGAGAGAAAUAUAUUGGGGUAAAUAGGAGAUUUCAAAAUUACUUGAUAAAACAUGAGAUGUGCAUUUUUCAUCAAAUGCUAAAAACCGUAUUUAGCUUAUAAAUUGUAAAGUUCCUAAUCAAUUUCCUAUUGCUGUCUGAGUAAUAAUUUCCCUUAAAUUAAAUUGUUGUAUUUCAGUUCAUUAUAUGCUAGUAAGUGAUUUUUAUGAUGGCCUUUCCAUUUUUCAUGCAAAGAAAAAUAAUUCAUAAUUAUGGCCAACAUUGGUAAACCAACUUACUAUGAAUAGUGGAUGUGUUGGUCACAUGCAGCUGAAGAAAUGUAAUGACUUUUAGUCUCUAGAAUUUGUGUGCUAGAUUGUGGAAACUGGAAUAAAAUCCUCAAAUCCUUUACAAGGAAAGUAGGGGAAAUAGCUUCAAAACACAAGAUUGAUCGUGGUUUUAAGAAGAUUUGUGUGCAUUAGAAUGUGGCAACUGAAAUAAAAUACUCGUUUCCUUUAAAAAGACUGCAGGGGAGAUAGCUUUAAUAACAAAAAAUUGAGUGUGGUAUAAGAAGAUUUGGUGAAUGGUGUGUAUAUGCAGGCAAGGCGAGUGAUAAUAAAACUCAUUUUGGGCUAUAAAGCAAUAGGCAGGGCAUGUACAAGCAACUCGAGUGUUGCAUUCUUAGAAAUCAUGGCAUAGUAAUGAGAUGCCUUAGUGUAUUUUUUACAUCUAUGAAGAAGGGUGGGAAAUGAAAUCAGUCUCUCCCGUGUUUUUGUUUUUAUUAAAUCUUAAACAUCCAUUUCAUUCAUAAUGCGUAAUAUCAUACAAUUUCACGAAUCUUUCUAUUUAAUAUCUCCCCAACUUUGGCUUGAGAAAUGCUUAUAAUGGUCAAUUAUUUUUAUCAUGCUCCUGCCUUCUCCUACAAGGAAAAUAUCAAUUUGAAAUAUUAAAAGAAUGGAGAAGAAAGCAAAUUAAUCUGAAGUGAAAAAAGGAAGAAAGGAAGAAGAGAAAUAAAUGAGAUAUGUGCUGGAAUAAAGGUCAACAAUAGCACCAAAAAUAUCAUAGUGGAAUAUGGUUGAUUACGCACUUCCUUCUUCAGAAGGACUUCCCUAGUAAAUUAAAUAGUUUUAGAAAUGUAUGGAGGUAACAAGAAGAAUUCUGCAGUCCUUCCUUUUUUUGACAGCAAAAAUAUCCAGUGUCCUGCUGAGGCCUCAAAUCAGCCACAGUUAUAUGGAAACUUGCUGAUUGAUUUUCAUGUCGAAUCAGUAAAUUUUCUCCAAAAUAAGCAUGGCAGUCCAGGUCUCCCACAUAAUGAAUGUGGCUGGGACACAGAAGCUAUCUUGAGGUGCCAGAACCUUCAAAUUUACUUGAAUAACGACACUUGUCAUGAUGAAGCUAAUAGACUGAGAAGCAUUUCGAACCAGAAUCCUGUUUCGACUGGAUUGAGGUUGUCUUAUGAUGACGAUGAGCAUAACUCCUCCUCUAUUACUUCUGCAAGUGGAAGUAUGAUGGCUUCAUCGUCAAUUAUUUCGUCUCUCAUAAAUGACAUCAAAACAGAAUUCGACCAGCAGAAUGAAGAACUCAAAAACUAUAUCAGAAUUCAGGAAGAACAUAUAGCAAAAGGGGUAAGUGACAUGAAACAAAGACACACGACUUCUUUGUUGAUUGCUCUAGAGAAUCGAGUCGGUAAGAAGUUGCAGGAGAAAAACCUUGAGUUCGAGAGCAUAACUCGUAAAAACCGGGAACUUGUUGAGAGUAUGAAGAAAGUUACAGCUGAAGCCCAGAGUUGGUGCUAUAUGGCUAAGAAUAAUGAGUCAAUGUGUGACAUACUAAAAACCAAUCUCCAACAGGCAAUGCAAGACUCUAACCAAGGGAAAGAAGGAUUCGGAGAUAGUGACAUGGAUGAUGCUGCAUCUUUCGUUGAUCCAAACAAAUACCUCGGCUUACCAGGUGGAUCGGGCAAGCCUAAAUCAGAUAAGAAUAAUUUUUUAUGUAAAUUAUGUAAAAUGAAGGAUGCGCGUAUAUUGUUAAUGCCUUGUAGACACCUCUGUCUGUGUAAAGAUUGUGAAGGUUCUGUUCAUCUGUGUCCUGUGUGCCGGUUGAUAACCACUGCUCAUAUCGAGGUGUACUUGUUGUAAAGAAUUAUGUUUUGAUUUGGCAUUUCACUUCUCAUAUGCUAAAUGUAUGUUAUCAAAUUUUAUAAGUGUGCAAAUGGAUUGGUGGGUUUGUUAUUUGGAUGAA